AUGGAGUACUCUUCGUCCGGGUCACGGCCAUACGAGCAGACACCUCUCUCCAGAAGACUUUCCCAGUUCUUCAAAAUGAACUGGACGGAGGGAACUUUAUACCGCCAUAGUCGCGGUAAACUCCGCAAAGCCAAUGCUGAUAAACAACGUCAGAAGGAGUACUUUGCGAAAGCUAAGAUUCGAGCAGCUGAGCAGAGGGAGGCUAUGGAGAACGGUCCUCCUCCGAUCUCGUACCUUCAGUCUAACUCCGCCUUGCCAGAGCCCCAUUCUGACACAAAUGUCCCCGAGCGGAACUCUUCCUACGGUACCUCUCAUAAGCGACGGGGAUGGGGUGCGAGUGUCCCAACAGCAGAGGAUUCUGCAAAGUCCGAGUAUCUGUUACCAACAGUCGAUCAGUUCUUGAAGGAGCAAGCUGGCAAAGCCACCACUACGGACACAGCGCCUUCUCGGUCAAACACCAAUGCCAAGGAGGUGGAGAGGUUGAGACAGAGGCUCCUUGCGAGCAAAGACUGGGGUGCAGGCCGGAGUCGGCCCCCUGUCCAAGUCAACGAACUACCUCGCCUGGUGCCAGAGCAAGCAAGCCUAACUCAACCUACGAGAGCAACGAAAGAAAAGCCGGCGCAUAUUCUCCAGAGCAAUCGGGGCAUGUACCCUCAACAACACACGUCACGUUUACGUUCCCUUCGUCGGGUGGAUGUGCAAGUCCGUGUUGGAAGUCAAGAAAAGCAGCUUAAAGAAAGCUCAACCAUUAGCAGUGGAAGCUUCGGGCAUGCAAGGCAGGAUGCUCCAACUGAAAGAAAUCGGCAUUUCAUGAGAAGCUCAAGUGGUACCGAUGAUACACAUCAUAUUGUGACAUCGGUACCGAGCAUCUUACAUCCAGUCCCCUUACAAGCAAUACCUGGUCAUUUACUGCUCUCUUCGGGAACUCUGGAUUCCGCAAAAAUUGCGAGCCAUGUUGCUCAGGUUGGACGAACAAUAUCCCCUGUCCCCCCCUCACAGAAAGCAGAGAACUCAAUCUGGAGGUCCUGGUUGGAGGAGUCUAGCUGCGCUCCCGGUGCACCAACGAACCUCGAACCGCAUGAGCCGGUGGCACGGCCCAGAAUCAGUCCUGGGGUAAGCGAAAGGCACGAAGUGUAUUCACCACCAGCUCAACCUCUCCGUGCUCGCGAGGGUGUCAUUAUCCUGCCUCGAACUCAGAUUUCCAGUGCAGACGCACACUCGGAUGUGCUUGGUCAAUAUGACAGACCAGUCGGCAAUACUGGACACCUGAUACCAUCUCCAAACCGGAGGAGACUGUCAGUUUUGCUCGAAACAUCGUCAAAGAACGUUGAAAACACAAUGAAUGAGGAAGAUCGGCGUGUACCUGCUAUUUCCAACCAAACAGUUUCAACUUCAGCCAAACUUACGAGAGGACUACAUCACGAUGACCCUAUUGAUGCUUGGAAGACAUUCGUGUUCGGGGACGAUGAUAGUGAGGAGUUUGAGCGAAACGCAUUAAUUGAAGCAAGAUAUGAUGCAGCUCAAAAAAUACGGCCAUACGAUGAAAACAGCCUUCCAUCCAUCGGAGACGAUGAUCAUUCUGGGCACGACAGCAACAUUGCAGUGGCUGGAACGUCUUCUUCUGCCAACGCGGAGCUGCCCCAGCCUUAUGAGAGACACUUUGUUAUCGAACCUUCAAUUCGAAGCCCCCGAAAGAUCAAUGGGCCAUCAUCGAUGACUUCUGAGCCCAACUCAGCCUCGGCGGACGAGCAAGUCGUUAUUCCUCAUUAUACACCACCCGCCAAUAGUCAGAGUAGUGUUGCCGUGGAGCCUCUUGGUGUUAACGCAGGUCCCCUCAGUGACGACGAGCCUGAGACAAUCGAGAACAUGACGAUCGCUGUGUCAAAUGCGCUUGCCAAGUCGACCUCAGUAGCCGCUUCGGUAACCACAUCUACAGACGCGUCUCUAGUAGUUGAACCAGCGCAGUCCCGAUUCGGGGCCUCGGAGCCGGGGGAACAGUUCCGAUUUGCGCCGCCGAAACCAUUUGUGGGUAAACACUCUGUCCCAUCACGCAAUGACCGUCCGUCGGCAGCCAUCGCCCCGGUCCCUCUUAAACGGAAAAGGGGUAGGCCGAGAAAACGGGCCCGUGACGGGAGAGCGGAUAUACGGGCACUGCCCAACUACAACGGCGACCCUAUUGAGGAGAUUGAAGAAGACGAUGAUGCUUCCCCGCCAUCCUUGUUCGGCUCUCUGGAUGUUUGUUAUGAUCAGUAA